UUGAUCACAAAUGAAAAUGGAACGCCGAUAUCGACUAGCUUUAUACGUGUAUUAGAUCAGCUAUUGUGUUGUCUUUUCUGCCUUGUGGUGUAUUUACUUUCAUGCAUAUACAUGUAUAGUGCUGUCCUGGGAAUGUGUGGAGAAGGAAAAGUAGGAGAUUUCUGCCGGGUUCAUACAGUGAGAAGGGACAACGCAUACAGAAGUGGGUCAAGAUGUCGAAGGGUCACAAGAAGGAUACGGAUCCUUCCCAGCAAUUAACUGAAGAGGAAAUUGAAAAAAAGGUAGACAACGCCUUCUCUGCUUGUGACGUCAAUGGUAAUGGACGGAUUUCGACCGGGGAACUCAAGGACGCUUUCCACAGUGUGGGUUACGACCCGACAAGGGCUGAGGUCAGGGCCAUGAUACAGGCUUUCGAUCUCGAUAGAAGUGGUACGCUUGAUAGAAAUGAAUUCAAGAAGAUGAUGGAGGGACGGUGGACGCGAUAUUCAGACCCAGAGGAAUACUUGCGCGCUUUCAAGGUGUUUGAUAAAAACGGCGAUGGAGUGCUGAGCGCCAAGGAAUUACGGAAAGCCCUGACGAGCGUGGGGGAGGUGAUGUUGCAGGAAGAGGUCGAUCAGAUGUUCGCUGUGGCUGAUGUGGACAAGGACGGGAAAAUCAACUAUAAGGAGUUUGCCAGAAUGAUGUCGAGAAAGGACAUCUGCUAGCGUCCGCGGUUACGUCUUCUUUAGGGAAGAAUUUGGUCCUGACGACCGUUUCGAACAUCUGACUGUAGUCUUAGAACGACGCACGCGCACGACUGGGAUUAACAUACACAACAACAGAAAGGAUAGUGUACAUAAAAUAUCUACAUAAUUUUAUUUAUAUUUUUGUAACAAAAUUAUAAUUCGAUUAAAUUAGUCAAAAGAAA